AUGCUGGUGACAAGUAACAUUGUAUCGUUUGUUCAGAUGAAAUCUCUGAUUAAAAGAACUAAAGAGACACCUAAUGUUCAUCCAAUGUCUCGGGACCUCUCUCCUCGACGAAAGUUUGGACCAGCUAUAUACAACAAGAGUCCAUCGCAAGACCGCCUCAUCGAAGAGCUACAUGGGCGGUUUGGCAUAGACAAGCAGGACACUAGCAAGACUCCUGAUGAUAACUGGCUGACAGAGGGUGUGAUCAUUACGUCUCAGCCCACUAGAAAUGUGCGGAUGUCUGAACAGAGGAUAGAGAAGAUAAUUAUCCCUCCAGAUUCUCCACAGCUCAUGAGAAAAACAUUAUCAAUUACCACAUCUCCUUCUGGUACAUUGCAGCCCACAAGACUUGUGUCUAAAUCUACAUCCCCAGCACUGCCACAACCACCUCCUGUUUCUUCCUCUACUGCUGCUGUCUCGUCAUUACUACCACCUCCUGCUCCUCCAUUGCCCCCAGUUCUCCUUCCAUUGCACAACAUGCCUACAUCAAAUACACUUCCUCCUCAGCCACCUUCUUCAUGGAAACAAUAUAGUGAUGAUUACCAGGACUUGUCUAGGGCUGUUUUUCCUCAAGAAGACUUUAGGAAUACCUAUCAGGAUGAACCUACUAUGCCACUGAUGGUGACCUCUUCCACACUGAGAAUGCUGCCUACUCCAAAAUCUUAUGUAUCUGUGGCUUGCCAGACGGAAGAUAAUCCACUAUUUCCCCCUAUUCAGGCAGGGAAUGAAAAUGUGUCAACGAUGAUGUCUCCUGCUGCUUACUGUAGUAGCAGAGCACUUGCUGCACGUCCUCCUUUGAGUCGCUCCUUCUCAGAUAAGGCAGGUCUAUUUGUCGUGUGCCCAGUGUUGUCAAAAUAUUUUACUUGGUACUGUAUAAAACAUGUUUGGUUUCGGACUCCUUCCCCUUCCAAUGGGUACUACUUUACAAACAACUUUGUCACCUUUGGGGACAGAUGGUGCAUGACAGCCAAGAGUGUUUUUGUGAUGUUUACUUGCGUGCUGAAUCAGCAUGUUGUGCAUUGAGGUACUUGUCCACUUUUUAAGUUUCCCCUCUUUGUAUUGGUCUCCAGUCACCACUGGUUUCUUUACCUCCUUCUGCGUGGCCUCCACAAGAAGAAAGUUCCUUCGUCCCUGACUGCGAUUACCGCAAUGUCAACUCUAGGUUCCUGACGUCAACAAAUGAAAUCCCUUUGGUACAUGGAUUGGUCUGACUUGACUUA